AUGCAAGACACCCAAGGACAAGUAUACACUGAGGUCGCUGCUGACAUCAUCCAAUCAGUGGUUGAUGGGUACAAUUGUUGCAUUUUUGCUUAUGGUCAAACAGGUGCAGGGAAAACUUACACAAUGCAAGGUUCUGAUGAUACUCCAGAAAGUGAAGGUAUGAUCACAAGAGCAUUCAAACACAUCUUUGAUCUUGUCAACGAAUUGGAGUUUCAGGGGUGGAAUUAUACAAUUGAAGGUCAAUUCAUCGAAAUAUAUAAUGAUCGAAUCUAUGAUUUGCUUAUCUCACAUGGAGAAGUAAAAGAUGUGAAGAUAACACAUAACAUUGGAGAAGGUUCAACAAGGAUCACUAAUGUGAAAACAGUAAACCUUGAAUCACCAGAUUAUGUUAAUCAAGUGCUUAGAUCCGCAACAAAGAACCGAACUGUUGCUUCUACAAAAAUGAACAAUAAUUCCUCAAGGAGUCACAGCAUAUUUAUGAUUCAUAUCAAAGGCUCUAAUUCUGUUACAAAUGAGAAACGAUCAGGUUCCUUGAACCUUAUUGACCUGGCAGUCUCAGCAGUCUAA